AUGUGUAUGGCUCCCUACCCCAAGUACCUUAUUGCCGACCCAACAACUACGGUAGUGCCUUUCUCGGCUCUGCCAUCAUGUGCAGUUAGCUGUGGUCCUCUCUACGACGCAAACGGUGCUUGUGUGCCACCAGCUGCAGCGACAGCAAACGCGGUUGUCUAUGAUCAAUGCUUCUGUAGCUACAGUGCUCUCCAAGCGUUCAGUUCAACUACCGCCGGUGUGUGCGAUGCCGCCUGUACGGGGGAAGCCGAUGGGCUAUCAAGUAUACAAAGCUGGUUCACGAGUUUCUGUGCAUCGGCAGCAACAGCAACAGAUAGUUCGUCAACAUCGACCAGUACCAGCUCGAGCAAGGGCUCUAGCAAUUCAGGUGGAGGUGACUGGAUGUCAAAUCACUGGAAAUGGGUCAUCAUGAUCGUCAUCGUCGUGGUCGGCAUUGGCGGCAUCUGGAUCGGCGCUUGCAUCUGGCGACGCAAGUAUCUCAAGAAGAAGGAUCGCAUGUACGAGCUCGGAAAGGGUCUGCCCAGCACGGUUGCUGUCAAUGCUCAAGGAAAGCUCGUUGGACCUGGAGCGAGGACAAGCGACCAGCCGGGACUCUUCAUGUCCGGCCCGGGCACGGAGGCGGGAGCUGAGAAGCCCAAGAAGGAAAGGAAACGCUGGAAUGUCAAAGAACGAACAUGA